UCUAGCUGUUGGUCGAAGGUCAAAGUCUAUUUUGUGCGUCCCCUAAAGAACGAUCUUAAGACUAAUCAUAUCAUGAAAGUGUUUCUAGGUCUGUUGCUUCUCUUGGCCUUGACAACACCUUCAAGUGCAAUUUACUGUCUCUGCAACGAUGGGAUAGGGGAGAAAGACCUUCAAACAGCAAUAGACUAUGCAUGUGGAACCUUAGCAGAUUGUAAUCCAAUCAAGGAAAAGGGUUCUUGUUAUCAACCAAUUACCAUCAAAAGCCACUGUGAUUGGGCUGUUAACAGCUACUUCCAGAACGCAGCUCAAGUCCCUGGAAGCUGCGACUUCUCUGGAACUGCCACUACCAAUCUAAAUCCACCUUCCAAUUUGGCUACUGGUUGCAUAUAUCCUUCAGGUCCAAGCUCUGUGGGGCCGCCUCCUUCAACUACACCACCGAUGGGACCAACACCACCAACAGGAACGACACCACCAAUGGGAACUACACCACCAACGGGACUAACACCACCAAGUCCAACAAACGGAACUACUACACUUCCAGGAGCUCCUCCUCCGCUUGGCAUUAUUCCAAGCAAAGGUGCUCGCAGUUUGGCCAUUUACUCUGUUUUAACACUCUGUUUCUCAUCACUAGUGUUUCUGUGAGGCUUUGAUGUAUGCCAUGUGUAGAGACAAAGACACCCACUUGUGUUCGUCUGAUUCCCUUUUGAGUGGAAAAUAAGCUUAGUUGC